AAAAACAGGGGAAAUGGAAGCAAAUUAACAAAUUGAGGAGAAGGAAAGGGGGGAGAAGGACGCGAGGCGAGGUGUCGGCUGGAUCGCCAACGAGGGUUCUGUCUCCUCUUCGCUUCCGUCCUCUCAGAUCUGUGCACUCCUGGUUUCUAUUCGAUUCCGGCAUCUUGCUAGAUCGGAGGAUUUGUUCGAUCUUGCUAGAAGUGUCUUCCUGAUAUUCUAGUAUCACUUUGGAAGCUGUAGUUUUGGGAUGAUGGAGAUCUAUUAGAGUUUUGGAUACGAUUUCUAUGGAAUCGAAUCUGCGGUUACUAGCAAGGAUCGCCUGUUAGUUCGAUCUUUGGUGUUUUUGCUCUUUUUUUGGGGGAUCCGGCUUGAGCGAAGUCCUUGGUAGCUACGCUUUGUUGAGAAUCAAAUGUCAUCUCUUUCUGCUUUCCACGUGGAGGAUCAGACCGAUGAGGAUUUCUUCGACAAUCUCGUGGAUGACGAUUUUGGUAGAGAGGGUUCGCGACCUCGUUCCAAUGGAAUCGUGAGAGAUUUUUCUAAUCUCAGCCUCGAUGAUGAUAUUGGUACCUCUGUCGAGGAUCCUGAUGAUGCUGGAUUGAUUUUCGAAUCAUAUGGUCUACAACAAAGUGAGACAUUGCAGUCUUCAGAUUCUUCAAAGGAACUUUUGGCCUCUGUUGACUGCCCACCUUCGGAUUCUUCUAUGGACCAGGUAGCUCCAGCGGGGAGUUCAGUUGUGAGUGCUGUUGUAAUUGAACCGCAAAGUUCAUUGCCCACUCAACAUUCUGGAUCUAAGGGAACCAGUGUAAAAGAGGUCCAGUGGAGUGCCUUCAGUGUCAGCGAUCAGCCAUUUGGCAAUGUCAGGUUGGAAAGCUAUUCCGAGUUCUUUACAGAGAAUGUUGAUUCAUCAUCUGAUAGAUUGAUAUCCAAUUCCGACCUUAAUCUUUCCCCCUUGGGAAAUCAAGUUGAAAACUUAGAUGCACAUUCAAAUUCCUUGAAUUUUCAAGACUCCCAACUCUUCGGUUCAGCUCCUGAUGAUAACACAAAUAUUGCUGAUGCACAAUACUGGGAGAGUCUUUACCCUGGUUGGAAGUAUGAUGCGGCCACUGGGCAAUGGUAUCAAUUGGAUGGCUAUGAUGCUGGCAUGAAUGCACAAAAUCACUAUGAUUCAUCAAGAGUGGAGUCACUAGGUGACUUUAAAGAAAGUGCGGAAACUACUUCUUUCAACUCAAAUGUUGGUAGUUCAGAUGAUCUGUACCAUCAGCAGAGUUCACACCCAGUCUUGGAGACCAUAGCUGAAAAAAGUGCAACUGCUACAAAUGCAACAACUACCAAUUCGAGUGUUGGUUAUCCGGAGAACAUGGAAUUCCCUCCUAACAUGGUAUUUGAUCCUCAGUAUCCUGGAUGGUACUAUGACACCAACACCCAACAGUGGUAUGCCCUGGAGUCAUAUGCUACACAGAUACCAACUGGAGUUCAGAAUGAGGUUGUAGCUUCGAAUGGCUUCUCAGGUGAGAACUUCCAUGUAUAUGAUCAAGUUGGCCAGCCUAAACAAAGUUCUAAUGGAACCCCGGAGAGCCAAGAGUUUGGACAGCACUGGGUUCCUCUAUCAAGCAGCUAUUCUCCUCAGCAGAGCAUGCUGCAGGCUGCACAAGUUGGUGACAAGCAGGAGAUGCAGAGUUUUUAUAAUCCAAGCAUGCCUAAUGGUUCUCAUGCAGCUAAGAAUGUGGGGCUUCAGACAUUUAAACCUGAUGUUUAUCAUGAUUUUGGCAGCUCUAAUGGGACUAUGAUACCAUACAACUCUGUUAAUGGGGAAUGCAAAUAUCCAAAUUAUUCUAAAAAUAUGCCACAUAGCAUUCAGGACAAUAUACCAAGCAGCUUCUUAGGCAAUCAUAAUUCAGUUGACUAUCUACAGCAUUCAUUACAAGAUACCAAAGCUGCUUAUUCCCAGUUCGCUUAUUCAUCUGAUAAAGGAAGAUCAUCAGCUGGACGACCUGCACAUGCUUUGGUUGCUUUUGGAUUUGGUGGGAAGCUCUUAGUUGUGAGAAAUGCUACCUCUUCUAGCACAAACAUAGACUAUGGAAACCAGGGGACUGCUGCUGGUGUGAUUUCUAUUCUUACCUUAUCUGAAGUUGUGACGAAUGAACUUGAUGCUUCCAGUAUUGGUUCAGGCACUGGAUUGGACUACUUCAAUUCCUUGUGCCAUCAUCAUUUUCCAGGUCCUCUUGUUGGUGGGAGUGCUUUUACAAAGGAUAUAAAUAAAUGGUUAGAUGAAAGAAUCUCGAGCUAUGAUGCUCCUGUGAUGGAGUUCCAGAAAGGAAAACUUUUGAAGUUGCUCCAUUCGUUGCUCAAAAUAUCAUUGCAAAAUUAUGGCAAACUUCGAUCUCCUUUUGGUUCUGAUCCAUCGCUAGAGGAUGUUAAUGGUCCAGAAAUGGAAGUAUGCAAUCUUUUUGCUUCAUCAAAAACCAAAGGCGCUCCUUUUGGAGGGUAUGAUUCAUCUGCUUAUUGUUUGAAUACUAUUCCGUCAGAAAGCCAACUUCAGACAACUGCUGCUAUGGUGCAAAGCCUUCUUGUUUCUGGUAAAAGGAAGGAGGCUCUCCAAUCUGCGCAAGAAGGUCAAUUAUGGGGCCCUGCUCUUGUUCUUGCUGCACAGCUUGGCGAGAAGUUUUAUGUUGACACAGUGAAGAAGAUGGCACAGCAUCAGUUUGCAUUUGGAUCACCUUUACGAUCACUAUGUCUACUUAUUGCUGGGCAACCUGCAGAUGUGUUUUCUGCAAAGAAUGCAGUUAAUACCUUACCCGUGCCUUCACCUAUGCAGCCUACACAGGUUCAGCCCAGUGGGAUGUUGGAUAAAUGGGAAGAGAAUUUGGCAAUUAUAACUGCAAACAGAACAAAAGAUGAUGAACUGGUAAUUAUGCAUCUUGGAGACUGCCUAUGGAAGGACAGAGGGGAGGUAGCUGCUGCUCACACUUGUUACUUGGUUGCUGAAGCAAAUAUUGAGUCAUAUAACGAGAUUGCAAGACUCUGUCUUAUUGGUGCUGAUCACUUGAAGUACCCAAGGACAUAUGCUACUCCCGAUGCUAUUCAGAGAACAGAACUUUACGAGUAUUCAAAGGUGCAAGGAAAUUCUCAGUUUAUCCUACAACCUUUCCAACCGUACAAGAUAAUUUAUGCCUACAUGCUGGCAGAAGUUGGAAAGAUUUCAGAUUCGUUGAAGUACUGUCAAGCUGCUUCAAAAUUGCUCAAGAGUUCUGCUCGUACUUCUGAGCUUGAAAUGUGGAAAUCGUUGUUAUCCUCUUUAGAUGAUAGACUUCGUACCCACCAACAGGGUGGUUAUGGUUCAAGUUUGGUUCCUGCAAAACUAGUUGGAAAGUUGUUUACUACUUUUGAUAGAUCUAUUUACCGUAUGAUAGGUGCAUCACCAGCACCUCUUUCGCAUGUGCCUUCGGGAAAUGUAGAUAACAAAGAAACCUAUUCUAAUGUCCCUAAAGUAUCAAAUAACCAAUCAACAAUGGUCAUGGCUUCUUUAGUUCCAUCGGCGUCAGUGGAGACAAUGACUGAAUGGUCAAACGAUAAUGAUAGCAAAGCGAUCAGGCACAAUAGAAGUGUUUCAGAGCCUGAUUUUGGUCGAACCCCUAAACAGGAUUCAAGCCCAGACGAUCCACAAAGCAAAGCUACAGCUGGUGGCUCACGCUUUGGACGCAUUGGCUCACAAUUUCUUCAGAAAACCAUGGGGUGGGUGUCAAGAUCCCCUCAUCAGGCAAAACUGGGUGAAAGCAACAAGUUCUACUACGAUGAAAAGCUUAAGAGAUGGGUGGAAGAAGGAGCUGAUCCUCCAGCCGACGAACCCCACCUACCCCCACCUCCGACAACAUCAUUCCAGAAUGGUAUGGCAGAUUACAAGAUUAGUAGUGCUUUCAAGAGUGACAACACAAUCAACGAUACUUUCAAAACAGAUAGUCUCGCCGAUAAGGGCAGGCUAACAGAUAAACAUUUGGCUCCAUUGGAACAAAACUCUGCAAUUCCACCAACUCCACCCAGCCAAAAUCAGUUCUCUGCCCGUGGCAGAAUGGGGGUCAGGUCAAGGUACGUUGAUACAUUCAACAAAGGCGGCGGCGGUGGUGGUGCCAAUGGUGCAUCCACAAACACUUUCCACUCACCUACAGUUCCAUUGGCAAAGCCAUUGAUUGGUGCAAAUUUUUUUGUGCCUAUGGCACCCGCAACCACCGAUGAAAAGCCAACUGACGCGGCUGGUGACAACAAUAGAGAUGUCACCACUGGUGAAGAUCCAUCUGAACCAGCAAAUAGAGAAGCAUCCUUUUCCUCACUACCUUCAUCAGCUUCAUCUUCCAUGCAACAACUUCCUAGCAUGAACAGUAAUACCCCUCAAAACAAUAAUGCUCAUGUCUACGGAUCGAGAGCAGCAUCUUGGAAUGGGACUUAUGAAUCAUUCAAUGAAACCAUGGCAGGUGCGAGGUUGGGACACGGCCCCACAAUAUUCUCACCCACCCAUAGCAAGCAAAGCAGUUCAUCUUUGCAGCAACAUGAUACUUCCGUGGGGGAUGACCUUCAAGAAAUAGAACUCUAGCGCAUAGCUGCAUUGUGAACAAGUAGCUUGAGGUCUACAACUCUUUUCCUGUCCUGCAAACCUAAGACGGCAGAGGCGAUGAAUUUAAGGGGCAGUUUUAAGGGAUAGAAAUAUGUAGGGACAGUUUUAAGGGAUAGAAAUAUGUAGUCUUACCAAAUCUUUUCCUUAUGUAACUUGCUGAUACCAUGGGGAUGCUUGAGGUCACGUGAUAUGCUGUCCUACAUGAAAGCAUGUAGACGUGGAUGUACAGAUAAUUUGUUGAUUUAUUCUUCUUAUUGUUUUCCGACAUUUCCUUGUAAGACAAACAUUUUUGAUACAGAUCAAGUAGCAAAGUUUAAGAUCUUUCCUUGUA